AUGACCAGAGCCAAUGAUGAUAUUGAGCUCCAGGAAUAUCUAGAUAUCAAGGCGACCAAAGAGAGAAAUGUCAUGAGGGCGAGAAUGGCGCACAGUGUGGCCAAAGGGAAGUUCGAAUCAGAUGUGACAUUCGAGUCACUGCUCCCAUCGAAAGGCAACCGCAAUGUUUUUGGUGCAAGCAAUGUAUUUCCUGGACUUGGUACAGUCAAAAUCAAGUUGAUGAGAGAAGGCGGAAUUGACACAGUGAAGCAGCUACGAGACUGUGUGGUCGCGGACUAUUCUACAAGGCUGCGAAAGAUUCUUCCUGGAUGGAAGCAAAAAGCUCAUGAUUAUUAUACCCAUUAUGAAGAGAAGCUAGAGGAAGCAACGCUAGAUUUGCGAACAGCGGAAGAUGAAUUUGAAGAUAUCCAAGAAACAAUACGGAAGCACAAGGAAGAGAAUCCACCACCGCCCCCUCGUGCCCCUGCAAUACCCAAUCCUUAUGCCCGUGGAAGAGGGCGAAACAACCCAAAUCCUCCAGCAGAAGAAGAACCCGUGGAUGAAUCAAAGCCCCCUCCUUUCUCCAAAUUCAAGGACAAAAAAGG